UUGAGGGGUCAUUUUGAAGAUAUAGCCAAGAGAAAUCCCUCCCGUUUCUUCUUUUCAUCUCUCACAACGCUGUAGUUUCAUCUCCUUUACCACAGAACCCACUCCCUGCUAUUGAACCCCAUCGCCCCUCAAACCCAGCUUAUCACUAGCUUCCCUUCGAGGCUUCGCCAUCAUCCCUAGCACGAAACGCCUACAUCACCUUCCUCCUCUCGCAAGCUCCAUCUCUCCGCCAGUCCCUCCCUUCGCAUAAACCAGUCCCGACACCCAAUCUCCCUAACCAUUUUCCCUUUUCAUCAGCUCCUACGCCAUUCCUCCGAUGAGCUGAUCCUUCAUCGUCUCGUCUUCAUUCAAACCCACGCCAUCCUGUCCAUUGACAGAUCGAAAACAGUCUAUUACCACACAGGAGACCCUCACCUGCCCAGCACCAUCCCCUUCUUCCCGUUGCGCGACGUCGCACCUCCAUCAACAACUCAACACCCGAAUCUGUUAACCCAUUCCCACUACAGCUUCUUUCCAACAUCCUUAUCCAUUUUCAUUACCCAGAAAUAUUGAGCUCACUCCCGUGUUUUUUUUUUGCCCACACACUCCCGUGUUUCACUAUCUCCAUUUUAGCCCAACGCCCCAUUACCAGUUCCUCUAACCUUAAAAUUUUCUUUUCUUUUCUUUUUCUCUCUCUUUCUUCCGCAGGUUGCCUUUUGCUAUCCGGAGAAUCGGUUCUGAUUCCGAAGAGUUCUUGAAGUUGCAGUCUCUGCUCUUGCAUGUCUAUGUCCAGGAGUCUCGAAAUUUCUACUUCACCUUCCUUCCUCACCAUUAGCUUCUGGAGCUAAGAAUUCGGCUGGUUGAUGGGUUUGUUAAAAUUUCUUGUCUAAUGCCUGCUUCAUCUUGUUGCCACAACAACUUCACUACUUGAGUCCCAGUCUCACUUGCUCAACUUGAUUGGCAGGCUGGAGCUAUUUCAUGUGGGAGCUUCAUUAUUGAUCAAUCACCAAUGAGUAGGAUUUCUUGAGAUUGUAUAUCACUACUGAUGUUCAGAAGCAGCAAUAUUGUUGCCAGGAUUUUUGAGCGCCAAGUUCGUACUCCUCCUCCUGGCACUAGUGUUAACUGCGCUAGGCAAUUUUAUGAGAAUUUAUUCCCAAGUUAUACUGUAUAUGAUGUUGAGUGCCCAGAUCAUUCAUUCCGCAAAUUCACUGAUGAUGGUCAAUACCUCAUUAGUUUUAGCAGAAAUCACCAGGAUCUGAUUGUUUAUAGACCAAAAUGGUUCACAUAUUCAUGCAAAGAAGAAGAUUGUGAUCUUCCCUCAAGAGCAAAGAAGUUUGACAGCUUCUUUACGCAACUGUACUGUGUUUCACUUGCUUCCAGCAAUGAGGUUAUAUACAAAGAUUUCUUUCUUUAUGUGGAGAGUAGUCAAUUUGGUUUGUUUGCUACUUCUACUGCACAAUUUCAUGAUACGCCUGCUAUAGGAGGAGCUGUUCAGGGAGUCCCCUCCAUAGAAAGGAUUACUUUCCACCUUUUGAGAUUGGAGGAUGGAGAAAUUCUGGAUAAGAAGGUCUUUAGGAAUGAUUUUGUUAAUCCGGCCCACAACAUGGGUGCCUUCUUAUAUGAUGAUUUGCUGGCAAUUGUGUCGCUUCGUUAUCAAACAAUACACAUUCUUCAAAUUAGAGAAUCUGGUAACCUUGUUGAUGUUCGUGCUAUAGGUACAUUUUGCCGUGAAGAUGAUGAGCUUUUUCUCAAUUCCAGCACUCAGUGCAUGGCAAUUGUUGACAAAAGUAAAAUGCAUCAGUCUUCUUGGAGUCAUGUUGAAAACAGUGUGAAUAAUACCCAACCCAGUUCAGAAAAUUCUUUUCUGAGUGGUAUUAAACAACGUUUGCUCUCUUUCAUUUUUCGAGGAAUAUGGAAUGAAGAAAGGCAUAAUUCCCAGAGGGUACAAGGCUUGAAGAAGAAGUUCUACUUCCAUUUUCAAGAUUAUGUUGACUUGAUUAUCUGGAAGGUACAAUUCUUGGAUCGUCAUCACCUGCUAAUCAAGUUUGGUAGUGUAGAUGGGGGGGUAUCAAGAAGCGCUGAUCACCAUCCUUCGUUCUUUGCUGUAUAUAACAUGGAUACAACUGAAAUUGUUGCUUUUUACCAGAAUUCAGCAGAUGAGCUGUACCUCUUGUUUGAGCAGUUCUGCGACCACUUCUAUGCAACAUCAAGAAAUUCAUUGUACAUGAAUUUUAUAUCUUCCCAUUCAAAUAACAUUCAUGCUUUUGAGCAACUACAAUCAAUAAAGAACAAAGCUAGCAACUUCUCUCAGUUUGCAAAAAAGAUGCUGGCUUCUUUGCCUUUCAGCUGUCAAUCAUUGAGUCCUUCUCCCUAUUUUGAUCACUCUCUCUUCCGCUUUGAUGAAAAGCUCAUAUCUGCUACUGACCGGCAUCGGCCUUCGACGGACCAUCCCAUCAAAUUUAUUUCCAGAAGGCAACCAUGUACUCUCAAAUUUAAGAUUAAGCCAGGUCCUGAAGCUGGAAGUGUAGAUGGUCGAACGAAAAAGCUGUCAUCAUUCCUUUUUCAUCCAUUUUUGCCCUUAGCUCUCUCAAUUCAACAAACGGCCUUCUUGCAGCCAUCAGUUAAUAUUCACUUCAGAGGAUGAAUUGAAGAUUGAUGGUAUCUCUUUUGCUUAUCGAUGUCCAUUUUGUAAUGCACCAUUUUCUGAGAUUUGAGAUGAAAUUGUGAGCAUUGUAGAGUUAUUACGUUUCUAUUAAUAUAUAAUUAUUCAAAUGGAUGUUAAAAAUAAGUUUCUUUUGUAAGAAUUAAUUUAAUAUGGAAAAACAAUACCCAUCAGCAUUGUAUUUUAUUUAUUUAUUUUUUAAAUUCCACUCCA